UCUUGGUUUAAUUGAAUGGAAAAUGACUGAAAUUUGACUGAUGUUUUGUGUGUAUCAUUAAGAAGCAGCACUGAUUAAUACUUCAAAUGCAGAGUUAAUAUGGCCGAGUUGUUGGUUGGCCAACUAUGUUAACUUUACAUUUAAAGAAACCGGGAAAGUACUUGCCUAGCCAGCCUCUCAUCAACAUUCAACACCAGCACAAGAACUUCAUGAUGCAGUCCCUUUUUUGCUGCUGCAUUUCCUUUCAUCAUCUCUCUUAGUCACUGCCAAAACAUUUCUGGGUGUUUUUUCACUGUAAAAAUGGAAGAAAUAGAGCUGAGUCACCACCAGGAAUCGGUUCCGAAACCGGAGCAAUCGUCGGAUUUGACAAGAAGGAAACCUGUUUCAUUCCUCGGUCUUUUUUCAGCUGCUGAUAAAUUAGAUUGUGCAUUGAUGGUUUUUGGGAGUUUAGGGGCGUGCAUACAUGGGGCUGCUCUUCCAGUGUUCUUUGUUAUGUUUGGUCGCAUGAUAGAUUCUUUAGGACAUUUGUCUUCGGAUCCUCACAAGCUGUCUGCUCAGGUUUCUGAGCAUGCUAUAUACUUGGUCUACCUCGGUCUCGUCGUUUUCGCAUCGGCAUGGAUAGGUGUUGCAUUCUGGAUGCAAACCGGGGAGAGACAGACGGCUCGUUUGAGACUGAAAUACCUUCAGUCGGUCUUAAGAAAAGAUAUAAGCUUCUUUGACACUGAAACUAGAGCUUCUAACAUAAUUUUUCAUAUCUCAAGUGAUGCAAUCCUUGUCCAGGAUGCCAUAGGUGACAAGACAGGCCAUGCUUUCCGUUACCUUUCUCAAUUUAUCGUUGGUUUCGCCAUUGGGUUUACAUCUGUAUGGCAGCUUACACUACUCACCUUAGCUGUAGUUCCACUGAUAGCCAUUGCAGGCGGAGCUUAUACUAUAAUUAUGUCAACUCUAUCCGAAAAAGGCGAGGCUGCUUAUGCCGAAGCUGGGAAGAUCGCCGAAGAGGUAAAUUGCAUACACCUUAUAUAUGAAACACACAAUUCCAAGGUUCAAGAAACACCAUGCUAUUAUAGUUUUGGAAUGAUAUUGCUCUAUGGGGUAGCUUUUUCUUUCCUUUUGGUACAGGUUAUUUCGCAGAUUCGCACAGUAUACGCAUUUGUAGGAGAGGAAAGAGCAGUUAAAGCAUACUCUAGUUCACUUAAAAAUGCUCUUAAAAUGGGGAAGAGAAGUGGACUUGCAAAGGGGGUAGGUGUUGGAUUUACAUAUGGUCUGCUGUUCUGUGCAUGGGCCUUUCUUCUUUGGUAUGCCGGCAUACUCGUCAGACACAGUAAAACAAACGGAGGGAAAGCGUUUACAACGAUUAUCAAUGUCAUUUUCAGUGGAUUUGCUUUAGGCCAAGCAGCACCAAACCUUGCUGCCAUUGCUAAAGGCCGGGCAGCUGCUGCUAAUAUCUUCAGCAUGAUAGAUACUGACUCAAAGCCUUCAGGACAGGCAGAUGGUGAAACUAUUUUACCAGAAGUAAUUGGAAAAAUCGAGUUCCGUGAGGUCUGUUUUGCUUAUCCGUCUCGGCCUAGCGGGGUGUUUGAGAAAUUAAGUUUCUCAAUAGAUGCUGGGAAGACGUUUGCGGUUGUUGGUCCUAGUGGUUCGGGAAAGAGUACCAUCAUUUCCAUGGUUCAACGCUUCUAUGAUCCCACUUCAGGUUCUAUAUUAUUGGAUGGAUAUGAUCUUAAGAAUCUGCAGCUAAAAUGGUUGAGAGAACAAAUGGGAUUGGUCGGUCAAGAACCAGCACUGUUCGACACGACAAUUGCCGAUAACAUCCUACUUGGUAAAGAAGAUGCAGAUAUGCAGCAAGUUAUAUUAGCUGCCAAAGCUGCUAAUGCACAUUCUUUCAUUGAGGAACUACCUAAUAGUUAUAAUACACAGGUUGGAGAAGGAGGAACUCAGCUUUCUGGAGGUCAAAAACAAAGAAUUGCUAUAGCAAGAGCAGUGCUGAGGAAUCCCAAGAUACUGCUUCUUGACGAGGCUACAAGUGCUCUUGAUGCAGAAUCUGAACUCAUAGUUCAACAGGCACUCGAUAAGAUAGUGUCAAGUCGAUCAACGAUCAUCGUGGCGCAUCGAUUAUCCACUAUUCGAGAUGUUGACACUAUCAUCGUUUUGAAGAAUGGACAGGUUGUUGAGAGUGGGAGCCACAUGGAUUUGAUGUCUAAGAACGGAGAAUAUGCGGCUUUGGUUAGCUUGCAAAUAUCAGAAAACAUUGCAAUUUCGAGCUCUAUAUGUCAUUCCGAUGUCUCCGAAAGUUCUAGCUUUCGACAACCUCAAGACAGUCAAAAUCCGGGGCAGGAUUCAAGACCAUUUACAGCAAUAGAAUUGGAGCAAAGUUGUCAAAACUCAUCUCAGCAAGGUUCUGCUCCUAAUCCAUCAAUAUGGGAACUACUUAAAUUAAAUGCACCGGAAUGGCCCUAUGCGCUACUUGGCUCGGUUGGUGCAAUUCUGGCCGGCAUGGAAGCUCCGCUAUUUGCCUUCGGAAUCACGCAUGUCUUGACUGCAUUUUACUCUCCUGAUAAUAUUCAAAUCAAGGAAGAGGUUGAAAGAGUGGCUCUUAUAUUUGUUGGUCUGGCUAUUCUUACCAUUCCUAUAUAUAUGUUGCAACACUACUUCUAUACCUUAAUGGGAGAGAACCUUACGGCUCGUGUCCGUUUAUCAAUGUUCUCAGCUAUCCUUUCCAAUGAGGUUGGUUGGUUUGAUUUGGAUGAGAACAAUACUGGCUCAUUGACAGCAGCUUUAGCUGCAGAUGCAACCCUCGUACGAAGUGCUUUAGCUGAUCGGCUUUCCACAAUUGUCCAGAACGUAGCACUUACUGUGACAGCAUUUGUAAUAGCAUUCGCUUUAAGCUGGCGUAUCGCAUCUGUUAUCAUUGCCUCCUUUCCUUUACUCAUAGGUGCAUCCAUAACUGAGCAACUCUUUCUUAAGGGGUUUGGAGGGAAUUACAGCCAUACGUACUCUAGAGCAACUGCUGUGGCACGUGAAGCAAUUGUUAACAUUCGUACUGUGGCUGCAUUUGGUGUUGAAGACCGGAUUUCGAUCAAGUUUGCCUCUGAAUUAAACCAACCGAAAAAGCAAGCAUGCUUACGAGGUCAUAUAUCGGGUUUUGGAUACGGCGUAUCACAGCUCUUUGCAUUCUGUUCCUACGCACUUGGCCUUUGGUAUGCAUCGGUGCUAAUCAAGCAAAACAAAUCUAACUUCGGAGAUGUCAUGAAGUCCUUCAUGGUUUUGAUAGUCACAGCACUGGCAGUAGCAGAAACACUAGCUCUCACACCGGAUAUCGUUAAAGGGUCGCAAGCACUCGGGUCCGUUUUUGGGAUUCUUCAUAGGAAAACAUCAAUAGAACCAAAUGAUUCCACAUCAAACGUAGUAACCGAGAUCAAAGGUGACAUAGAGUUCAGAAAUGUUAGUUUCAAGUACCCAAUGAGACCUGAUGUAACCAUUUUUGACAACUUAAACCUGAAAACUUCAGCUGGAAAAAGUCUAGCCGUAGUUGGACAAAGCGGGUCAGGGAAAAGCACAGUCAUUGCAUUAAUUAUGCGGUUUUACGACCCCGUUUCUGGGGCAGUUGUGAUUGAUGGCUACAAUAUUAAGACACUAAACUUAAGGUCGCUAAGGCUAAGAAUGAGUUUAGUCGAGCAAGAGCCUGCACUGUUCUCAGCCACAAUAUACGAAAACAUCAAGUAUGGCAAAGAGGAUGCAUCAGAGAUUGAGAUAAUGAAAGCAGCAAGAGCAGCUCAUGCUCAUCGAUUCAUUAGCCGAAUGCCUGAAGGGUACCAAACCCACGUCGGCAAUCGAGGUGUCCAGUUAUCGGGUGGCCAAAAGCAGAGAGUGGCAAUUGCUAGAGCAAUACUAAGGAACCCUUCCAUUCUUCUCCUGGAUGAAGCCACAAGUGCAUUGGACUCGGAAUCUGAGAAACUAGUUCAAGAAGCUCUGGAUAAUCUCAUGGAAGGUCGUAGCACAAUCAUCGUAGCGCAUCGGUUAUCGACUAUACGUAAUUCGGACAGCAUUGCGGUGUUGGAACAAGGGAAGGUAGUUGAAAUUGGCAGCCAUGAACAACUGACGAAGAAACCAGGCAGUGUUUAUAAACAGUUGGUCAGUUUACAACAGUAAAGGAACAUCCAUGAUAAAAAAAAAACCCAAGUUUAGCAUUAAAACCACAAGCAAAUUAUAUUACUGUAUGUUGAAACUGCAUAAAGAUGAACUUUUUUUUUAAA